AUGUUGGGUCAUGCAGAAAGAAAUGCAGCAAAAGAUAAAUUGAUUGCAGUGGCAAUAGAUAGAGACAAAGGAAGUCAAGGUGCAAUGAAAUGGGCUGUUGAUGCCAUCUUAAGCAAAGGCCAAACUGUUCUUUUGGUUCAUGUCAAACUCAAAUCACCUGCAUCUUCCAAUUCUUCCCCUUCUCUUCCCACCUUGAGAUUCAACUCGAGCCCUGAUGUAAGUCCGUCUAGCGAAGCUAAUGUCCUGAACAACAGGGACGUGUUCCUACCUUUCCGUGUUUUUUGUACUCGUAAAGAUAUUCACUGUCAAGAUGUUGUAGUAGAAGACACUGAUGUUGUCAGAGGACUGACACAGUAUGUUACAGAUUCAGCGGUAGAGAUUUUAGUUCUUGGUGCUGGAUCGAAGGGGAGUUUUCUUAGCCGAUUCAAAGGAAAAGAUAUUCCUGGAGGUGUAUCAAAAGGUGUACCAGAUUUUUGUACUGUAUAUAUCAUCUCUAAAGGAAAGAUUUCCUCCACACGAGCUGCUUCACGGGUUGCCCCAGCUUCUUCACCACUACGUAACCAAAUAAAGUCCCAGAGUCCUAGCUCAAGAUCUGAACCAGAGCUCGUACCCAGUCCCUUAAGUUCAAAACUAGUUCGAAGGCCACCAAUGGAAAAAUUAUCUCACAGCCUUCCAGGUGAAUCAAAUUUGAGGCCAGGUGACUCAAAUUUAAGGCCAGGUGAUUCAAGUUUCAGAUCACCAUUCACUAGGAAAGGCCCAAAUGGAAGACCAUAUGAACUCUCCAAUCCAAAUAACGACAUAUCGUUCACUAGUUCUGGUAGACCUAGCACAGAACGCAUGUACUCUACAUUUGACAGUUUUGAAACGAAUUCAACUCCAAGGCUUUCGAACUUUUCAAACUUCUCAGACCUAGACCAAGGGCUUGAAACAUAUGGAAGAAGAUCAGUGGAUGGUACAAGAUCAAAUGGAAGAACAUCGGUGAAUGGAAGGAUAUCUGUGGACACGUUCACACCAACUGAACGCUCUUAUGCCUCCGUUGAGAGUGAUAUUAAUGGGUCUUUAUCGCCACCAGCAGAUGAUCUGGAUGCGGAGAUGAGAAGGCUCAAGUUGGAGCUCAAACAGACAAUGGACAUGUACAGUACAGCUUGUAAAGAAGCACUAUCCGCCAAGCAGAAGGCAAUGGAGCUCCAGCGGUGGAAAAAGGAAGAAGAACAGAGACUAGAAGAGGCACGAAUUGCUGAGGAAACUGCAUUGGCACUUGCUGAGAGAGAAAAGGCCAGGUCUAAGGCAGCUAUUGAGCACGCUGAAGCUGCUCGGAGGCUUGCAGAGAGUGAAGCUCAAAAGAGAAUCAAUGCAGAAAAGAAAGCAUUACAGCAUGAAGAGAGGAACAAGACGCCAACUUCAAUGGCACAAUCAGAAAGGUACAGAAAGUACACAAUUGAUGAGAUUGAACAAGCCACUGAAUUCUUUGCCAAAUCUCGUAAGAUUGGUGAAGGUGGCUAUGGGCCAGUAUUUAAAUGUCGUUUGGACCACACGGCUGUUGCUGUAAAGGUUCUACGCCCUGAUGCCGCUCAAGGAAGAUCACAGUUUCAACAAGAGGUUGAAAUUCUGAGCUGCAUACGGCAUCCUAAUAUGGUUCUACUCCUAGGAGCUUGCCCUGAGUACGGGUGCUUAGUUUAUGAGUACAUGUCAAAUGGAAGUUUAGAAGACCGUCUUCUUCAGAAAGGAAACUCAAAACCACUCUCUUGGCAACACAGGUUCCGGAUUGCAGCUGAAAUUGCAACAGGCCUCCUUUUUCUCCACCAGACAAAACCAGAACCACUAGUGCAUCGCGACCUAAAACCUGGAAACAUAUUGCUGGACCGCAACUUUGUCAGCAAAAUUAGCGAUGUUGGAUUGGCCAGGCUUGUCCCUUCAACAGUUACAGAUGAUGUCACUCAGUAUCGCAUGACAUCUACAGCUGGAACAUUUUGCUAUAUCGAUCCAGAGUAUCAGCAAACAGGCAUGCUCGGUGUCAAGUCUGACGUAUACUCUUUAGGAAUAAUGUACUUGCAGCUAAUUACUGCCAAGUCACCUAUGGGGAUAACUCACAUUGUUGAAAAUGCUAUUGAAAAGGGAACUUUCUCUGAGAUUCUUGAUCCAUCUGUGCCCGAUUGGCCUAUCGAGGAGGCCUUAAGCUUCGCCAAGAUAUCUCUUCAGUGUGCUGAGUUACGGAGGAAAGACAGACCUGAUCUUGGCUCAGUCAUCUUGCCAGAGCUUGAGAGAUUGCGGGAAUUUGCUGAAGACAACAUGACAGAUGCAAUGCUGUAUGGUACAGGUCCUUCACCAACAUACAGUCAAGCCACCAUGUCUCAAGCGAGUUAUCCACAAUCAGGCUUUAGCUCCACAGGGAAUUCAGCUGCGGCCCUUGAUACAGCACCCGACGGAGGCUAG